CGGCCGGCGCCAUUUUGAUGAAACAGCGAGGAGAGAAGAAGCCUGCAUCACCGAAAUGGAUUUUAUGGAUUUAAACUGAAGAGUCGUCUGGAUUUACAACUUUCAGUUUUCGAGGCUGAAAACGACAGAGGAUCGAAGAGGAUGUUUUUUUGUGUCUUGAAUACGUGACUGCGGGAUUUUGUCAAAUUAUUCGCCAGUUAACGGGUCAACGUUGUUAGCAUAGCACCGCUAACCAUCCGCUGUUAGCUUUUGUUAGGCCACUGGUUGUUUCAUAUUGUGUUAGCUAAUCUCGAGGCGUAGCAUGUUAGCCUUGGCAUUAGCUAAUUUAGCAUUUUUACGCAACAGUGUGGGUUAAGAUUCAUCCAUUUGACGUAUAUCAGUGAAAACGUAAACUCUAUGGACUCGUUGCGGGAAGUUUCACGCACGCUUGUGGACUUUUUGUGGGGCGGCAUUUGUCUCCUCUAAUUACGGACUGAAUCAAAAAAAAAGCUCAACAUUACCACAAGGACGGUUGUUAGGGAAAACCCAGGCCCGCUGCUAGCCGCACCAGAGGCUACCAGUGCGGCCCUGCGGGCUUUCUAUCAAGGACACUUCACGACGGACUUGGCCUCAUUUACAUCGAUGUAACAAAUUACUAUUGUGCUACAUGGACUCCAUUGGAUUUGGUGGCACCGUGUGUUUUGUUGGACUUUAAAGAACUCAAAUGGCUCCGGCCUCACACCUCGAUCUCGAUUAUUUUUCUUGGGCAAUAAUAAGGACUGUGUCGUCACCUGGGAGCUGAAUCUCACCCCCCCUCCCUCCCUCCCAUUAUAGUCCUUUCCUUGUCCGCAGUGUUUCAGCGAUUAUAAAGAAAGUUUACCCAUUAAAGUCACCAGAUUUAGCCUCCUGUGUUCAGUGUUGACGCUGUUUCCUUUUGUUAUAGCAGGCCUUUGUUUUCUUCCUUGUGCUUUGAUUGACUUGAUAAGUGCUUAGACCUGUAAAAAAUGUCGUGUGUUCACUAUAAGUUUUCUUCCAAACUGGACUACAACACAGUCACUUUCGAUGGGCUGCAUAUCACCCUCAGCGAGCUCAAAAGGCAGAUUAUGACCCGGGAGCGCCUCAAGGCCACAGACUGCGACCUGCAGAUCACCAAUGCGCAGACUCUGGAAGAGUACACGGACGAUGAAGCCCACAUCCCCAAACACUCGUCCGUGAUCGUCCGCCGCACUCCGAUUGGUGGAGUCAAACCAGCUGGCAGGACGUUCAUUGUAGAUCGUUCUGACACAGCUGUGGUGGGAUCUUCUAGACCCACGGAUUCUUCUCCCUCUAUGUCACUCGCCCAACUUGCCAAGACUGCUAACCUGGUGGACGCAAAUGCAUCAGAGGAGGACAAGAUUAAAGCCAUGAUGUCUCAGUCGAACCAUGAUUAUGAUCCAAUACAUUACUCAAAGAAGGCAAUCGGACCUCCGCCUGCUCACUACACCUGCUAUCGUUGUGGAAAGGCCGGUCACUACAUUCGCCAGUGCCCCAUAGUGAUGGUGCAGGAUAAGAGUGUGGAUGGUCCCAAGCCAGUAAGAAUUAGUAAAGGCAUCCCGCAGAGCUUCAUGGUGAAAGCAGAGCCAGGCACCAAAGGAGCCAUGUUAACCAGCACUGGGGAAUAUGCUAUACCUGCCAUAGAUGCGGAGGCGUACGCCCAAGGAAAGAAGGAGCGGCCUCCAUUUGUUCCCCACGACCAGUCGUCCUCCGAGGAUGACACAGACCCGAUCCCAGACGAACUGUUGUGUCCCAUUUGCAAUGACCUGAUGACUGACGCCGUGGUCAUACCCUGCUGUGGAAACAGCUACUGCGAUGAUUGCAUCAGGACGGCCUUGUUGGACUCGGAGGAGCACAUCUGCUUCACAUGCAAACAGUCGGACGUUUCACCCGACAACCUCAUUGCCAACAAGUUUCUUCGCCAGGCCGUGAACAACUUCAAGAAUGAGACGGGGUACACCAAACACGCGCGCAAACAAAUGAAGCCCGCGGCCCUUCCUCCGCCACAGUUGGUCAGACCUCGGAGCUCGAGGCAGCAGGACCCGCUACUAGCUAAUGUCACGCACCCUCCUCCAACGAGCGCCCCCGUCAGUGCCCCUCAAGCACAGGUCUCGCCACCUGCACCCGCCUCCUCAGCUGCUCCUGCUCCUACUGUUGCAGCUGCUCAGUCUCCUGCCGCUCCAUCUCCUGCUGCUCCUACUCCUCCUCACGCCGCCUCCGUCGAAGGACGAGAUGCUUCACCAGCUCCUGCUCCCGUCGACCGACAUUCUCCUUUGCUCUCCAGCAGCCAGGGCGAACCACCGCCGCCAGGUGAGACGGAACCAGAACCUACUAUGACGUCAGAUUCAUCAAGAUCCUCAGAGAGUGGAUCACAGAACUACACUCUACCUGUUCUUGGCCACCUGCCGCCUACGAGGCCUCCUCUUCCACCAGGUCAUCCGUCACGGCCCAACCACUCUCACCGAGGCGGAGGCAGACACUGGUACAGAAAUAGAGAGCACCCCUCCCCUCAUCUCCAGACAGCGCCACCUCCAGCACCGGUUGCUCCAGUGUUCCCAGCCCCCUCCCUCUACCCACCCCCACCGCAGCCUUACCCCCCACCUUACACCACCGGCCCCGGCCUCAUCCCUCCUCCUGCCAUGAGUUACCAGCCCCACCAGCCCGUUUAUGCCCCUGGGCCACCGGGACUCAACCCUCCCUGGAUUGCCCCCGGCACCCAGCCCCCCCUUGUCCCACUUCCGCUGUCCCUCUCGCAGCCCCCCCUCUCUAAGGAUGACUUCUACAGACAGAGGCACCACAGACAGGACAAAGUCACAUCCAAACUGGAUGAAUUUACUAAAGACUUUCACAAAGAGCUUAUGAAGUAUAGGAAUCCACCAAAGAGGCGAAGACCAUCUUACUCCAGGUCUCGCUCAUACAGUCGCUCCCCGUUCAGCCGCUCUCCUUACUCUCGCUCUAGAUCGAGGUCAAGAUCUAGAUCCAGAUCAAGGUCCAGGUCUUACUCCUACUCCCCCAGUCGAUCCCGCUCCCGUUCACGUUCCCACGGCCGCUCUUAUCCCCGCUCCCCUUAUUCCAGACGCAACGGACGCAGUUACGGACGCUCGCGGACGAGAUCCCGCUCGCGUUCGAGGUCUUACGGCUACAGACGCUCCGGCUCGCCGCGGUCCCCUCCCUCGUACCGGGCAGCAGGCUGGGAGGGAGCGGAAGGACCGGGGCCCUACAGGUCUCGGUCUCGCUCCCCCGGUGGCUUCCGAAGCCGCAGCCCCGGUUUACGAAAGCCACCCCCUCGGGAAAUGCCGCCGUUUGAUAUGAAGGGUGUGAGUCCCGGAGGCCAGGACCGAUGGGAAAGAGAGCGGUUCCGGCAAUGGGAGAAAGAGUACGAGGACUGGUACAACAAGUACUACAAGGACUAUGACAACCAGCAGCCGCCACUGCACCACAGAGGACACGGCAGCAGAGACCGGGACAGAGACAGGGACAGGGAGAGAGAGAGGGAAAGAAUGUCCCCGUUGUCCAGGGAUUACUCACCCCAGGGAAGAGGGAGAAGAGGCAGAGAAGAGAGGGGCGGUCCACCUCACCACCCCCCAUCCACAUCAUCAUCGGGGGCCAAGUCCAGCUCUAAAGUCCUGAAGACAAAGAAAGUGAAAAAGAGGAAGACUGGUGAUGAGCCAGAGCCGUCACGACAGUCGAUGGACAGAGGGGACGCCACUCCUGUGAGAGAUGAGCCGAUGGACGAAAUACCAUCGCACAGUAAAACGCCUCCCAUCUUCCCAAGGCCUUCUGCUGGUACCGCGCCCUCUAAAACGUCUACCUCCAAAAGUACCGCCGCCUCCGUUAAACCUUCAACCAAGUCGACGUCAAAGACCUCGUCUGAUAAAACAAAGAAAGACAAGAAUCAAAAGGUGAAACCUAAGGUAAAGGCAGAGCCUGUGAAAGCAAAGACCGACAAGGUGAAGAAAAAAACUGGAGAGCCGGUGGUGACCAAAAAGAAAGACUCCUCAUCCUCCCCCUCUGCUGCUAAACCGUCAAAGACCAUCAAAACCAAACCAGAAGACGCCCCAAACUCAACCACCCCCAAAAAGGACAAGGCUAAAAGCUCUGCCGUGAGGCCUCCUCUGCUGAAAACCCCACCGCUGUCCUCCCAGAACAUGUCGCUGUCUCAUCUCUCUCUCCAUGACGGCUCUCGUUCUGGCCACGACAUGCGGGGAAGAAGAGAUCUCCCUCAGGGCGGUGGGAUCCUUCCGCUCCCCCAUCAACACGGCCUCCCGCUCCUCCACCGCCCGCAGUCCCCCGUGGAUAGCCGGAGGAGGAUGGGAGAAGAGGGACGCUCUUUACUCGGACCUCCUCCCGGAAAGCUCAGGAGAAUAGACGGACUGGGGGUCGGAGUUGAUGUCCUCUCCCACUCUCACCUGUCUCAUCAGCCCCCGCUGCACAGAGUCCCGCUGCUCUCUGACAGACCUGGUCCUCUCCCCUUGUCCGGGAGCCGUGAGCAGGGCCGAGGAGAUGCAGAUCGAAGUGCUAUUAGACCACUGAUAGACUUUCAGACGAAGCCGCUGAGGAGGAUCAAGUUGAACAGAGAUGUGGGGAGAAGAAGCAGCACUGAGACGGCCGCCUCGGACAGAGGCCUGUCAGGUCCUGAAAAGACGACGUCCGCCUCCGAUCGAUCGGCUUCCUCUAACAACUCCGACAGAGACAGACACAGCAGUGCAGCGGAGGGGACAGGGAGAAAGGAGCGGUCGACGUCCACAGAGAGGGGCAUCUCCAGAGAGAGGCCUAGCAGUGCUGGAGAGAGACACCACGGCUCAGACAGAGACAGAGACCAGGACCGCAACUCUGGACUGGAUAGAGAGCGAGAUAGGCCCUCCGGUUCAGACAGAGACAGAGACAAAGACCGAGAUAGAGACAGAGAGAGAGAGAGGGACAGGGACAGAGGUCUUGCGUCUGAAAGAGAGAGGGACAGAGUCUCUGGCUCAAGCUCGCAGAAGUCAGCAGUUGCCGCUGAAAAGGACAAGGACAGAGAGAAGUCAGAGAGGACAGAACGAAAGAACUCUGGUGGUGGAAGUGGAGGAUCUAGGUCAGUCUCUUUGGAUAAAAUGACCAUUGCAGAGAAAUCUACCGUCCCCAAAAGGCUGACGGACCACCAGGAGAAACCAAGCACAUCCUCUAAGGACAGAGGGGAGGGGUCAGAGAGACCUGCUAAAUCAGACAGGAGUGUGUCCAAGGACAGAACAGAGAGGAACUUGCCCUCAGGAGAGAAACCAGCUGCUACGCACAGAGAAGGGGUCAAAGAUGCUCAGGAGGCAGCUGGGAAAAGCAAACCCAGGAUCAGCCGAAAGGUUCUGACGAACCAAAAGGACACGUCCACCAGUAGAUCAGCCCAAGAACCAAAGCAGGACCCAGAUAAAGACCAGAAGAGCGCGUCCUCUAAACCUGCUGAGCUGCCCGUGUCCAGCCCUGCCAACAGCCGUGGCCGCAGCCCAAGCGUCAGUCCAGACCUCAGCCCGGCCAGAGAGGAGCCGCCGCUCAUUCAGGCUCCUCCUCGCUCAAAGUGGGAGAGAGAAGACGACGAGGAGGGGCAGGAAAACGGACUCGGCGCAGCCAAGGAGCCCUCACCUGUGCCUCAGAAGGGCCGAAGCAGGGAGGGGCAGCCUGAGGCGCCCAAACCCACGAGGAACGAAAGCAGGGACGCUCCCAGGGAGGAGAGGAGAGGAGCCGUGAGGGAGGAGAAGAAAGGGAGAGCGCCAAGGGAGGACGUUAAGGGUGGCAGGGCGGCACAGAGCAGUUCAGACAAACCAACCAAAACAAAAAUUGUGAGAGAAGAGGCUCGAGGGGCUCGAGGAGAAGAGGGGAGAUCCUCCGCUAGAGAAGAGGAGAGACGAGGCGGAGGAAGAGACGAGGGGCGAGGAGCGGCGGCGGCGGCGGCAAAGGAGGAGAAAGCGGCCGAGAGCCGAGGAGGACGAGAGGAGAGUCGCGGCCCCGAGCCCAGGAGGCAGCGCCUGUGCUCCGACCUGGGCCGCGAGACGGACGAGGCGGCCUUCGUGCCCGACUACAGCGAAGGGGAAGGAGAAGGCUCGGAGCCCGAGAGAGGGAAGAGCGGCAGCGGCAGCCCGUCCCUCAGCCAGCCCUCCCACAGCGCCUCCCCGAGCAACCACAGCGACUCGGCCACCGCCGGGGACAAGAAGAAGAAGAAACACAAGAAACACAAGAAGCACAAGAAGCACAAGAAACACGAGAGCCAGGAAAAGGAAGACGUGCAAAAGGAACACAAGCAUAAACACAAGAAGAAGAAACACAAAAAGAAGAAGGACAAAGGAGCAGAGGACGAGAAGACGGAGAAAGCAGAAGAGGCGUCUCCGUGCUAACGGAGGCUCGGCUUCCUUAGUUAAUACCCAGAUGAGGACGUACCCAGGAGUAACGGCCGACGCUGUCAUUGUGCUUUAUGUUCCACCACUCGGAUGGAUGGAUGGAUGAACUGUCUCUGAUUGUGACACUGAUGGAGAGCCGUCUGACUCGAACACAAACUUUUCCCCGCGGCUCUCCAAACACACACGGUACUUGACGAUGCCCGAAUCGCAGCUUUACGACAAGCUGCUGAGGUCUCUUCAGUGUUUGAUGUCAACCUUUGGGUCAGGAGGAGUGAAGACGGUGAUGAUGAUGUGCUGCGUUAUCGCGAUCAACCUCGAGCUGAACAAGAACGAACACACGACUACGAUAACUGAUCACGCAGAAGUUGGUCUGAAUGAUAGGAUUAACAAACACUGUACUCAGGGAUGUGAUUGCUUCUUUGCAGAGGAGGACGAGAAGCUUUUUCUCUGCCUCUGACUCGUUUGUAAAUAGAUGCUUCUUACGAUAAUUUCUCCUCGGUUUGUUUUGCCCACAUCCCCCAUGUGAUCAAGGCUUAAAUAUAGAAUAACCUUUGUUGCUGUGAGGCCCGUUGGGCGCUCUUUUUGACGGACUGUACAAGCAGUUUUGCACGUUUUAGCACAUUAACUGCAAAUUGUAUAGUUCCUAUUAAUUCAUUUUCAGCACUGAUGGUCUAAUCUAAUAGGCAGUUUAGUUCAUGCCAGUGGGUCUGAUCUUUUUCUUUACGUGUCAACAAAAAAAAGUAAAAUAAAGGCAACAAAACAUUUGUUUAUGGACAACCUAAGAUGUUCCUACUAGACUCUUGGCCUAGAAACAUACAAAAUCACAAGGAUGUCAUUGAAGCUAAAGCAUUUAUGCAUUGAUUGAUUCUACACUGGAUCGUAUAAAUCUAGCAAGUGUUGACAAAUCAGUUCGCAUGUUUUUUGUUCCAAAGGUGCAGUAGUGUCGUGUCAGUGAGUGGAUGUGUGUGCGUGCUGGUCCAACAGUGAAAAUGUGACAGAAACGGGACAAAUAAGAAGAGAUGUGUUCUUUCAAACAGGUUGUUCCAAUUUUUUUAUUAAAUUAAAAUGUUUUGACCUCAAAAA